AUGGAUCCCGAAUGGCCAAUGGCUCUGCUCCACAUGCUUGCAUUUCAUGCCGAAAGGGCAAAAGAAGAUGCGACAAAACUUUACCUAGCUGUGGCUUAUGUUCAAAGAACUGCUAUAAAUGACGUCGGCCUCAUGCGGGAGAAGAUAGAGGCCUUGGAAUUGCACGUCCAAUUUUUAUCAGACCAAGUACGCGCGUCUGCCGCGACAGAAGCUCCAAGUCAAUGGAGCUCGGUCUCUCACGCUCGGCCAGGGUCGCAGUUGACCAGCCAAGCUGCUUUCCUGGACGCCGAAUUCUGGCAAUCAAAUUGUGCUCUCCAAAAAUCCCGUUGUGAAUCGGCACCACCAGAUGCUAUCGCUCUUCUCGGCGAUUUGUCCGAUAUCGCGUUGAUCAAGGCUCGUUACUUUAGCCCAGGAUCGGCUCAUACGUGGAUGCCUAUUAUCAGCCAAAUCCGGUUGGAUCGCUUCUCCAUCCGCAACGUGAACUCGGUACCGUCUGACAUCGUUGCUCUCUUGUUGUGCAUGAAGCUGGUGCAAGAGGUUCCCGCGACGGAUUCGUCGGCUCCACCGGGACUAUACUUUGUAACCAAGCGGCUUAUCAACGAGCAAGAAAUGAGCGGCAUUCUCACUUUUCGUCUUCUCCAAGCUAAUAUCUUGUUAUCUGUCUAUGAGCUUGGUCACGGGAUAUUUCCCAAUGCGUACAUGACAGUUGGCCACUGUGCACGAAGUGCCGUAGCCCUUGGAAUACAUAAUCAAUCAGCACCUCAAUUGGCGGGGAGAAUGAGAAGUUGGAUAGAUUUGGAAGAAAGACAGCGUGCGUGGUGGAUGAUCAUAAUUUUGGACAGGUGA